UUCCGGUAAUGCCUCUCUGGCCACGCCCCCACUUCCUGUAAACAAAGCAACCGCUGUGCGUCCUUUCAGUUUCGUGUGUAUUCGCUCAUUUUCUACACCAGCUUUAGGGUUUUUCCUCUUUUUUUACGAUGGCUCAAGCCGGCCUGGUUCUGGACAAGGACCAGUUCAACUGUUCGGUGUGUCUGGACGUGCUCAGGGACCCCGUGACCAUCCCCUGCGGCCACAGCUACUGCUCGGACUGCAUCCAGAACUAUUGGGACCAGGACGACUACCUCGGGGUCUUCGUGUGCCCGCAGUGCCGCCACAACUUCAACCCGAGGCCGGUGCUCGCCCGGAACACCAUGUUGGCCGACGUGGUGGAGAAAUUCAAACAGACGGGACUCCAAGAAGCCGCCGCGGGCACGACGACAGCGACGGGGGCGGCGGCGGCCGUUGGUCAACAUUUCGCCGAGGCCGACGACGUGGAGUGCGACGUGUGCACGGGGAGGAAGAACAAGGCGCUGAAGUCCUGCCUGGUGUGUCUGGCCUCCUACUGCGAGCUCCACCUGCAGCCGCACUACGAGUCCGCCGCUUUCAAGAAGCACAAGCUGGUGUGCGCCUCCAAAAAGCUCCGGGAGACGAUCUGCGGCCGACACGACAAGCUGCUGGAGGUCUACUGCCGCACCGACAAGCAGUGCAUCUGCUACCUGUGUCUGACGGACGAGCACAAGGGCCACGACACGGUGCUGGCCGAGGCCGAGAUCCAACACAAGCAGGGGCAGCUCGCCGACAUGAAGCAGAGCUCCCAUCUGAGAAUCCAUCAAAGGGAAAAGGGAGCCCAGGAGAUUAGACAAGCCAUUUUCUCUCUCUCUCGUUCCGCCCGGGUGGCCGCCGCGGAGAGCGACGCCGUCUUCACCGAACUCAUCCGGUCGAUCGAGCUGAAGCGCUUCGAGGUGAGAGAGCUGAUCAAUGCCCAGGAAAAGACGGCGGUGAGUCAGGCCGAGAAGCUGCUGGAGGAGAUCCAGAAGGAGAUCGCGGAGCUGAAGAAGAACGAGGCGGAAUUGGACAAACUUUCCCACACCGACGACCACGUCCGCUUCCUUCAGAGCUGUCAGUCUCUGCGUGCUCCACCUGAGCUGUCAGCUUUGCCUUUGGUCACUGUUGACCCCAACCUCACCUUUGGCCCAGUGAUGACCGCUGUGGCAGAUUUUAAAGGACUGUUGCAGGAGGUCUGCCAGGGAGGAUUUGUCAGCAUCUACGAAAAAGUGAGAGAUAUAGUGAUUGUUGGUCCUUCAAAUCCUGCUGUACCGCUGGACACUGCGCUGCCCGGCGAUUUUGAAUCAGCCCUACAAAUGGAAGCAACACUAAUGACCCUUCCGGGCGGGCUGGACCAAAGUCUUGGGAUCCCUCUAACUGGCCUAGACCAAUGUCCCCUGAACCCCCUGAACCCGUUUCUCCCCCCCGGACCUUCUGUGCCCACCUUUACCUUCUCACCAUUUGGCACUAAACUCUCCUCAGGAUCCAGACAGAGACACCUUCAGCGGCGCUCUCACCCGAGGAGGAAGUAGCCCUGCAGUGGACAUCUAAAUCAACACUACACACGCACGGGCAGAAUGGCAUUAUACCGCAGUGCUUUUCUCACACAAAUCUGUACUUAAUUUAUUCUAUGGUAUUAAUUUAGUUGUGUUUUAAACCAAUCAGCUAAAAGUAUUAAGCAUCUUAUUUCAGUAUUUCAAAAGAAAUGUUUUUUAACAAAAUUGUGCUUUUUUUUAAUGUUUUAAACUAAAACUACAAAACAAUCAUUUCACUUUAUUUGUGUAAUAAUAUAUUGGGACUUGAAUUGCUGACAUUAAAAACAAAAACAAGUGCACACGUACACACUA